AUGCGCAAUUGUUUCUUGUUUUUCGGGUCAAGUAAACCCCAAGUAAAGUCCGAAAACGAUCGUCGGAGACCCUUGGUGAUCAUCAAGGAUAACGAUUAUGAUACAGCCGCCGCCGGCGACGAGGUACACAAUCCGACGGCGGCGAUGGCUUUAAUUCUACAAUCGUGGCUCAGUGGUCACAGGUUACGUUACCUGAUUCUCCUUCUCUGUUCUCCUUUACUUAUCCCUUUCAUUUGCGCUAUGUUUCCCUUCCUUUGCGCCGCUGAGGUGUUCGUCCGUCUCUGCCGCCGCCGGCGUCGGUCGAAACCGGCUCCUCCUCAAAAUCCACUGCCGCCGUCGCUUCCGCCGCCACGGCGGCGUGAGAACGAUGUAGAAGGCGGAAUCCAGGUAAAAUCGAAUUUUAGUUUGUUAGAUAGGUAUCUGAAAGAUCAAUUAGAACUUGCUAUUGAGAUUUUAAAUGAAUGUGGAGGUGAUUUAACCUAUGGUUAUGAUUAUAUCGAUGAUUUUGAUAGUAAUCGGAGUAAUUUGUGUUAA